AUGGUUGACAAUACAGAUUUCGGUGUUGCAGAAAAUCAAGCAGCAAACGAUGAAAUUGAAAAUGCCAUUUCAGUUAAAGAUGAAAACAGAACACUUAACGCAGUUGCUGAGCAAUAUGUGCAAAAUUCAUUAACACGCGCCUCUGAUUCGCGAAACACAAGGAAUGUAGCUCCGAUUGCAUCUGAGUUAAUAGAACAACUUCUGAUGAAUCGAUCAAUAUAUAGCAUAUCAUCUCGAUUAGCUGGUUAUGUUUGUAAAUUUCCACCGGAUUACAUUUUAUCCGAUUAUUCCCUGUUACAGAAUUGGAUGUUUCAUAAUUGUAAUUAUUAUGCCCCACGUAAUUUGUGUCGUGCAUUGGUUGAAGCAAGCUUGAAUCGAGAUCCUGAUGAUUCUGAUAAACUUUUUUAUGUUCGUUUAAUAUGCUCAGAAUUAUAUCAUGUUUCCGGUGAUAACCUACAAGCACAAAACGAACUUGAACAAGCAUUGGAUCAGUACGAAUAUGUUACGAACAAAAAUAAUGGUAUGAAGACAAAAUUAAAGGAUCUUCAAAUGAAAAUAACAUUUCAAUGUCAAUUUCAACAAAAUUUAUGUGCCAUAAUAGGACAGCAACAACAAGCAAAUAACGAACAAGAACUAAAAAACUUAAAAGAAAAAUUUAAUGAAAAAAAAUUAGAUCCAUCGAUUUUUCGUUAUUUAUGGCGUGAUAUUGUUUUGUUGUUAAUUAGUAAUCCACAAAGAGCAGCACAUGUUUGUUAUAAAUUGUUAUUUACAUAUGCCUCUCAAUUAGCUCCAACAACUCUGGCACAUGCAAAUGGUCUAUAUGUUGGUGUAAACAUAAUGAUGAUUGCACACGGAAGUAAUUCAUUCGAUAGUAUUCAUCAUGAUAUGGAUGUAUGGCAUUUAUUGGAAGAAAUAAGCCAACAAUUUUAUAAUUAUGGUGAACAAUCAAAACAAUUUUCGCAUUUACAUAAAAUGGGACAUGUUUGGGCUACAGCUGCUGUUGCAUCUUACUUAAAAUCAGGGCUGGUUGAUGAUGAUGGUGUGCCUUAUGAAUAUUAUUACAAGGUAUGUGCAAGUAUUGCACGUGUUAGUUUUGAAUUUUUAGGUAUUCAAUUCCUGUCAUCUGGCUUAGAAUCAUUAUAUCUAUUAGCAAAAUUAUAUGCUCGACCAUUUUUUUUGCUAAUGACAAACGAUCCAAGUAUUCAACCGUCCGUUACUGCUAGAGUUAGCCCACACUGCAUAGAAUAUUUUCGAAAUCAUCUAGGAAUUAUUUUACAAGGUGGUGAGACAGAUUGCAUUAAAUUUUCAGUAUCAACCGUGAAGAAAUUUUGUAAUCAAAUAUACUCAGUCUAG